UUCAACGGUUCUUCUAUGGUGAAUUGAUGCAUAAAUUGGACCGUUGGAAACCCUCCCUCUACGAUAAAGUCUAUCCCCAUUAAAUCCCUCUUCAAAUUGUUCAAGUUUCCAAUCUCUCUUUCAAACUCAUCUCGGUUCUGUACUUUCUGGACAACAGUUGGGUCAUAAAUUCUGCUUCUCUGACCUUUCCUGUUUCUUUUCGUUUCUGGGUUACCUGUGCCAUUAACUUCAAUGGAGAACCUGCAAGAAACGCCUAAAAGGGAGCAAAUGAAAUCCGAAGCCACCAUAUUUGAGAGCUGCAAUACACCACCUCAGGAUCAAAAAAGUGAUCCUAAAUCUUUAAAUUCGAGCAGUGAUUUGCGCAAAGGUAGCACCCCAGAUCGCCUCAAAGUUCCUAAGGCAUUUAAAUAUCCUGAAAGGUACAGAAGCCCAACUGAUCUUAUGGUGUCACCAAUUACGAAAGGCCUUCUUGCACGAAACAGAAAGGGUGAUGGUGCUGGUGGUCUCUUGCCCCCUAGCAUGAAUCAGCCUAGGGUUCAAGAAAUAGCUCAGGAUGUGGUCUCUUUCAAGAUUGAGAUAUAACAUGUAUUGAUUCACAAAGCUGAAUAAUCAGAUGGAUUCUUGAACUUGAUGAAUUUGUCUGUGGAAUUAGUCCUGUUGUUGCUAUUAAUUGAUCGCAGAUUUCUUUUUAAUGGGAUGCAUUCAUACAGCGAAA